AUGGAUUAAACUAAAGUCAAAAAAUCUGGAGGAUUCGAAUCCAUGGGAUUAAUCCCAGAACUUUAUAGAGCUAUCAAAAGUCAAGGAUUUAAUGUUCCCACUCCAAUUUAAAGAAAAGCAAUACCCCAAAUAUUGGCAGGACGUGACAUUGUGGCUUGUUCGAAAACCGGCUCUGGUAAAACAGCUGCUUUCCUGAUCCCCCUCAUUAACAAACUCCAGAACCACAGUACAGUUGUCGGCAUAAGGGGAUUAAUUCUCCUCCCAACAAGAGAAUUGGCCUUGCAAAUUGCAUCAGUCUUGAAAGCCUUAUUGAAAUUCUCAGACAUCCAAUACUCUAUUAUGGUCGGAGGACAUGGCUUCGAGGGUUAAUUUGAGAGUUUGGCUUCAAAUCCAGAUAUUUUGAUUUGUACCCCUGGUAGAGUGUUGCAACAUCUCUUGGAAGAUAGACUGAAAUUGUCUAGAGUCCAAAUGGUCAUUUAUGACGAGGCAGAUUUUCUAUUUGAAAUGGGUUUGGCAGAUCAACUGAAAUAAAUCUUAUCCCAUCUUCCUUCUUAAAAACAAUCAUUGAUGUUUUCUGCCACCAUUCCAGAACAACUCAGUAUGUUCGCAUCUGUAGGAUUAAAGGAUUACAUAUUCUGUAAAUUGGACAAGGAGUUCCAAUUGCCAGAUUCAAUGCAAUUGCAUUUUUUAUUUGCAGCUAAUGACAAUAAGUUGAGUGCUCUCAUCUAUUUGAUUAGAUCGCUUGAUGACACUUGUUUGAUAUUUGCUUCAACUAGAUUUUUGGUUGAUAUGCUCUCCUAUGCCUUGAAUAAAUUUCAUAUUUCAAAUGUUCAUGUUUAUGGUAAAAUGGAUUAGUUGGACAGAAAAGAAUAAUUAGAUAACUUCAAAAGGAAUCAAGUGAAAGUGUUGAUUGUUACUGAUUUAGCAAGUAGAGGUAUAGAUCUACCAUUCGUGGCUAAUGUUAUACAUUAUGAUUAUCCAUCCAAUCCUAAAAUAUUUAUACACAGAUCUGGUCGUACAGCAAGAGCAGGUAAGGCAGGUUAUGUAUAUGCAUUGAUAUCAUCAGAGGAGAUUCUUUACAUCAAAGAAACAAUGAUAUAUGUUGGUAGAAAAUUGGUCAAUGAGGGUGAUUUUAGUGACCCUUCAUUGUCAUUUUAUGGCCAUAUGCCAAUUGAAUUGUUGAUGUAAAAUCAAGAGAAAUUGAAUGACUUGAAUGAUGACAUUGAGUUUUAGAACUAUAAAGAAAUAGCAACCAGAGCUAAUGAGAAGUUUCGUAAGACCAGAGGAUCAGCCAAGAAAGUGAAGACAAAUAUAGAUACCAGUUUAGUGCACCCAUUAUUUAAGGAUAAGAUCUAAGUUGAGGAGGACACAAAGGAUAUGCUUAAGUAAAUUAAGAAUUUCAAAUCUGCUUAGAGUGUUAUAGAAAUCAAGAAGUUUGAAUCAAAUUAGAAAUCAGAUCCUUUCAUGAAGGCUGUGUCUCAUUUAAAGGAUGUACAAAAACGCAAGCCUCUUCCAAAGAUAGAAUUAAAGGAAUAGCCGAAAUCAUUAAAUAUAGAAAAUUUUAUGGAUCAAAAGUUCUUUAUCCCAACUUAAAGGGAUCCAACUAAAAAGUCAGAAUUCGAAGAUUUGCAUAAGAUUACAUUAGAGGAUAUAAAUCCAUUUGUAAUUUCAGAUGGGACGGAUGCUCUACGUAAGAGAAAAUAGAUGGUUUGGGACAAGGAUAAGAAGAAGUAUGUGAACCCAAAGGCAGCUUAGUAGUAAGAUAAAGAGGAUCGGGGGAUGAAGGUUGAAAAAGGAAAGCAAAACUUCAAAGAAGUGGUAGAAACAAACAAGCAUUUAAUUGUAGAAUGUGGGAGAAGAGGAGGUAAAGAUAUCUUUGAAUUGUAGGAUCAAUAAAUGGUUUCUAGAGCGAAAGAGUUGUUUAAGAGGAGAUAAAUGAGAGGCAAAGGAUAUUACUUUAAUCAAGAGGAUGGAGGACAACAGAGAGGGGGAAAAUAGGAGAUAAAGAGGCCAGAACAACUGUUGAAGUCCAAAAAAAUAAAGAAGAACUUGAAAUUGAAGAAUAUGGAGAAGGGAAAACGUAGACAGAUCGAGAAGAAACACAGGAAGAAUAAAUUGUGA